AUGGGUGUCGGAAGGGAAGCAGGAUUUGACACAGAUUCCAAGGGGAAUUUGGGUCGGAUCCUGUUAACUUGGUAUCAGAGUGUUAGUCCUAAUAUGCGUGGAGGGAGCAUGCCUUCUAGACGUGAGAGACCGAUGACCCGCCCUCAGAGGGAUGGUGAUCCACAUCCACCACCGCCUCCACCUUAUCCAGAGGGUGUGGGUGAGGUUGAUCCCAACCUACAGCAAGUGCUGGAUCAGUUCACCCGUACUGUGGCGACUGCUCUACAAGGGAGACACCCUAAUGAAACUCUGGACAUCAAGAGAGCUAAGGAUUUGGGAGCUCGUGAUUUCCAAGGCAAUGCUAAUCUAGUGGAAGCUGAUUACUGGCUCACUGAUCUAGUGAGAGUUUUCGAAGUUAUGAGGUGUCCAAUGGAAGACCGGAAUAUGUUUUAUGGGCAGUUUCGUCCUCGCUCCUAUCGUGAUGCCAAGCAAGCCGAGUUCUUAAGAUUGAGACAGGGGACUAUGUUGGUAUUGGAGUAUGAACACAAGUUCAAUGAAUUGUCCAGGUUUUGUCUAGAGAUUGUUCCUAAUGAAUAA